AUGUCGACAGAACAAGGUGUUUCUGCACCAGAUGCAACAGGCACUAAGGCAACUGAUCUCCUAAAAAGGAACUCAGAUGAUGUUGGAUGGGACUAUGGAUGGGACUAUGGUGUUCUUGUUGAUGCUAGCAACAAGGACAAGGUGAAGUGCAAGCUCUGUGACAAGGAGAUUAGAGGAGGGAUUCAUAGGUUGAAGGAGCAUUUGGCUCAUGAAGGAAAGAAUGUGAAGAAAUGCACAGCAAGAACACCACAGGCUAUGGAGGCUAAAGAGAAGUGCAAGAAGGCACUAGCUGAUGCAAAAAGGAAGAGGAAGGAGAAGACUGUCCGUGAGCUAGAAAUUAGAGGGGAAGUUCAUGUAUCUAGGGUUAGAAUAGAUUCAGAUGAAGUUACAUGUGUUGGAAGUUCAGAGCCCCACAAAUUAGGACCCAUUGACAAAUGGACACGUGCUAUUGAUCCUAAAGCUACCAAGUCUGAUUCUUUGAAGCAACAACAGCUGAACAAGGAACUUUGGAAAGAAAGAAUCAAUGAGGUGCAUAAGUACAUUGCAAGAUGGGCCUAUACACAUGGACUUGUACCUCCAACUCAGGAUGCACUGCGAGGAAAGUUGCUGGAAGAAGGAUAUGAAAGAACUAAGAGUUUGCUGCAGGAGCAUGAAGCCGAGAAGAUGAAAAAUGGAUGUUCUAUUAUGACUGAUGCUUGGUCAGAUAGAAAGAGGAGAAGCAUACUGAAUCUAUGCACCAAUUGUGCUGAUGGAACCUCCUUCAUCAGCUCUAUGGAGAUGUCACAUGUCUCACAUACCAGUGAGGUCAUCUUUGAUCUUGUGGACAAAGCAAUUGAAGAGAUUGGUCCAGACAAUGUGGUGCAAGUAGUGACUGACAAUGCCUCUAACAACAUGGGAGCAAAGAGACUAUUAGAAGAGAAGAGACCACACAUAUUUUGGACCUCUUGUGCAGCUCACACAAUCAACCUUAUGCUCCAAGGAAUUGGCAACAUGACUCGGUUUAAGAAAGUGGUUGACCAAGCAAAGACAUUUACCAUAUUUGUCUAUGGCCACACAAGGGCAUUGGAGUGCUUGAGAUACUUCACAGAGGGGAAAAAGGCAGUGAGGCCAGGAGUGACUAGGUUUGCUUCAAACUUUCUCACUUUGAGUAGCAUGCAAGAGAAGAAGGACCAGUUAAGGAAGAUGGUGGUUCAUAGUAGGUGGGACUCAUUGAAGGAUGUGAAAUCAAAGAAAAGAAAAGAGGCAACAGCAACUAUAUUGAGUCUAAGCUUUUGGAAGGAUGUGAAACUAACAUUGAUUGUUUUUGAGCCAUUGGUCAAAGUCCUCCGUUUGGUUGAUAGGGAUGUGAGGCCAUCUAUGGGUUUCCUUUAUGGAGAACUACUAAAGGCAAAGAGACAGAUCAAAGAGGCCUUUGGAAAUGUUGAGGCUCGGUUCAAGGAUGUAAUAGCUGUUAUUGACAAGAAGAUGAAUGGAAGACUUGAUUCUCCAUUGCAUUUGACAGCCUAUUUGCUGAAUCCUCACUAUAGCUAUAGUGACCCAUCAAUCUUUGAUCAGCCCAAAAUAUCAGAAGGGUUUAUAGCUUGUGUUGAGAAAUUUUAUUAUCAUAAUGAGGACAUGCAGCAUCAGGCUACCAACAUUGAACUAAAGAAGUUUCAGAAUAGAGAAGGACCCUUUAGCAAGAAGCUUGCUAAGAAUUUUGAAAACUUUGAUUACAACCCAGAGGUGUUUUUUUAUUUCAGCAUCAUGGUGGAGACUAUACACACUAAGAAGAGGAAUAGGCUUACUACAACCCGCCUCAACAAGCUGGUGUAUAUCCAAUUCAACUCCAAGCUGCUUAGUAAGAGAGAAAAGAUCAAGUCAAACAAAAUCAAUGAUGUUCUCUUGUCUAGUGAUACAACUGAAGCUCAAGGUUUUCUCCAAGAGGGUGGGGAUGAUUGUGCAUUAGCUGACUUUAGAGAUGGGGAGAAAGAUGAGAUGGAAGGUACCGGGAUACCUUGGUCUGUCAUUGGAGAGACAGUGGGAGCAGAUGAACAGCUUGCUGCGUAG